AUGAAUGUCAGUGGGGUAACGACGUUUCCUCAUUCAUUCGCCAUCGAAAUCGGCUCCAUUAAAUAUUCAUCGGCAGGUGAAUCGAGUAGGGUUCGUAUGUCGGUGCCGGCGAGCGUGCGGAGGCGUCCGUCGGCGGCGCGCUGCGAUCUCGCGGCGCUCUGGCUGCGUACUGGCCGCGCUACGCUACCCGCGCCGCUUUGUCUACGAGUGUGCUACGCUCCCGGCGCUUGCGUAGCCCCGCCUCGCUCUCGGAUGAAAGGACGGAACAUUACCAGUAUUUGUAACAGUUUGCGUCAAAUUGAUAUAAAUGGAGACGGUUUUAAUAAAGUGUAA